AUAGUAUAGGCUUAGGCUACCUAUAUUUACAGUUAUUGUGCGCUCUUUAUCUCUCCCCUCACCUGCCAAUAAUGUACCAAUAACCAAACUCCUGCUUAUCAUUUCUUAGCUCCCCAAACUAUUCAUCAUCUGCUGUGACUCAAAUGCUCACCACCCACAUGGGGAUCCACUCCCUCAAAUCCACCUGGCACCCUACUUCACAAGUGGCUUCAUGAAUCAAAUCUCUUUCUCCUAAACACCACUGAACAAACCAACCUACUUCUUAUCUGCUGGCAACUUCAGCCACAUUGACCUCAGCAUCACUGCCCAGCCCGUGACAUAGCUCUUCACAGCACUUGGACUCUGCAUCGCAAACUGUGCACCAAUCGCCACUUUUCACCAGUGCUAUCCACCCUCACAAAGCCAUACGUACACAAACACAACUUGCUGGCAGCUUAGCUCUGCCAUCUGGUUCCAAUUUUUAGCUUCCUUAACCUCCCCAGCUGCCUCCUCUCCCCUUCACAGGCAUGUGGCAUUGUUGUCACCUCUGCCCUAAAUGCCACCACUUCAGAUCACAAUUUACAAUCAGUAUGGCUAAUGCAUAAUGUUCAGCAUGGAUGUAUGUGCAUUAUAAUUGUUAUAAGUAGAGGUGAUGUUUUAAGUUAUCACUUAUCGUAACCAGCAGGACUGUAGGAGAUAUGUGCAGUGAUGGUGUUGCAUGCUGGUGCAGAAAACCAUCUACCUUUUGGGAGGCAACUAAAGCUUUUGCACCAUUUUCAGAACUACAAGUUUCCUGCUAGAUAAAUUACCUCCUAUCUAAUUGUCAACAAGAAAGCAUGAUUGGGCUGCAAAAUUCUAAACUUAGUGAAAAUUUGUCACUUAAGAGCUGCAAAAUUUCUGUAACAGAUGGCUGAGAAUGAAGAUCUUCCAUAUCUACAGCUUUCUGAAAAUCCAGUUCGCUUUGAGCCUGUCAGUCGGGUGACCAAUGUCUUCUUUGAUGGCACAACUAAAGAGGUGGUGAGUGUGCGUGGUGGUGGAACAUUGGGUGUUGUGGUCCAAGGUUUGCACACUAAAGAAGCUUUUUGUAUGGAGGAUCGUGGCACCAUCACCAGUCUGAAAUUUGCUCCUAACCACUCACGACUUGCAGUUCAGAGAACCCCUAAUUCUCUUGAACUACUGCCAUUCAAUGCUGGAGAAGUUGGGUCUGGUGUUGUGGUGGAAUGUAAAACUAAAAGUGCAUCCCUCCUGGGCUUUGUCUGGGCUGACAAUGAUGAUCUUGUGCUGGUCACAAGUCAUGGCAUUGAAUUCUAUCAUGUGUCGCGUGAGCGGGUGUUCGUGCGGCUGGUUCGUAGCUACAGCGUGCCCGGCUGCUGCUGGUUCGUGUGGAGCGCAGAGUGCCACAUGUUGGUUGUGGCGAGCAGCAGCGGCGCGACGGCGCCUGCUAAGGUGGCGCUGUUUCCCUUCCAGUUUGCUGCCAACUACUCCAAUAAAAUGCAGAAAUGUGUAGUUGACCUGCAUGACAGUGGGCUGAGCAGCAGCCGCGGUGGCCGGCCUCCCCCGUCGGCGGGUGACGGGGCACUGGAGCUGAGCGAGCGCGACGUGUGCGUGGCGUUUGUUUACAGACCCGCCAUCUUGGUCCUGCGGCACCCACACGACCUCAACCACACGGCGCAGCUUCUUGUCUUUACCAACCUCAAGGACAGCAGUGGCUUCAAGCUGACGCACAUCUGCCAGUUGGAGCUAACGGGGCGAUUUGCUGUCAACGUCAUCGAUAGCCUCAUCAUCGUCCAUCAUCAGGCCUCUAAAGUAUCACUAGUGUUCGACGUGGCCCUAGGAACAGAGAUGCGUCAAGAUGUUUGCCUCGUGUACCCCGCCACGCGUCCCGCGCCCAUAAGGCCCUUCUGUCUCGAGGAGCCUUCCGUCACCUCGGGCGUGCCUUCAGCACAUGCCGACCAAACCGCGCCGCGCACUCCUGGAGCCGCCGCAGCAUCAGGACGUCGGACCAGCACAACCGACGGGUCCGCUCUGGUCACGCAAAUACCGUGCCAGCUCUACGCCCCCACUUGGGUCGUGUUCCAGCCGUCCGUCAUCAUCGACGCUCGUCUAGGCUGCCUCUGGAACCUGCAGCUCGACCUGCCAGCCUUCGCUGCGACCUUCUCUGACAGCCUGCAGCUCAUCAGCUGCCUGCUCAACAGGCGGCAUGCCAAACCGCUGCUGCUGCAGACCAUAAGACGCGUGACAGAACGUCGCGCCCUACACAUUCUCGGCCCUUGCUUUGACGUCCUCAACGCUGGCUACAGACGCCACUUGGAUGCCCUGUGUGCCCAAGCUCAGUGUGGGGCGACAGGACCCAUGGGCAUCGUUCUGGGGGGCGUGGGCAGCAAUUUAAUGCCUUCCACCAGCCCACUUCUGAUGCCAAGCAGGAAUGGCGGCAACGUGCUGAGCACCAUCACGCCCGCCGCUGUGGUCGAGGCAGUGGACAUGUACCAGUCUGUGCUGGCUCCUCUCAUGGAACUCGCCCAGAACUCUACCGUCAAGCAUAAUGCGCAUUCUCAAGCUGCAAAAAUCAAUACAUCUUCUGAAGUCGUAAAAGUUGAUGCAUCUUCUGAAUCUGAAAAACUGAAUCCAUUUCUGGAACACGAAAAACUGAAGGUACCCUCUGAAGCCGUCAAAUUGAGUUCGUCUUCUGAAAUUUCUGAUAAGAUGCAGGCAGUAAAUUUGCUAGACGCCAGCGAGCCGGAUAAAUCCUUAAAGAAAAAUUCAGCUGUCAAGGAUGGAAAAUCAAAUGAUGCUUUUUCAGAAGCUAUGGAUGAGAGUAUCAAUUACCUGGUAUCGGUAACGCUGGACUAUGUAAGAAGUCUGUCAGCUGCCGGUCUGCCAGUGCCAGACUUCCUUCACCAGCUCAUCGUGAACGCCCUCCUUAACACCGGCAAUUUCUUCCAGCUGCAUCAGCUGCUGCAAUUCCACAUCGUACCUGACACAAAACCCUUGGCAUGCGUGUUGCUGUCCCGUGGUGGGGUGUACCCAGCAUGCGUCCAGCUAAGUCUCGACAUGCUUUGUCGUCUCCGCACCGCCCACGAGGAGAUCAUCGAAGUCCUGCUGGCCAACAAGCUCGUGACCGCCGCCCUGCGUUAUGCCAGAGCUAACGGCCUGGAGGACCAACUCUCCUGCAGGAAGUUCCUCGAAGCUGCUCUGCACACAGGCGACGAUGCCAUCUUCUACUCCGUGUUUACGCUCUUUGCUCUGAGGAAUACAAGACUCCGUGGCAGCAGGCCUUUUACUGAGAGUGAUCACUGCGAGACGUACAUUCAACAUUACAAGAAAACCUUCGGGUCCUUACCAGACUACGCAGCUUCUGUACAGUCGUGACGCUGACUGCAAGAAACGUCAUAGUAUUUAUCUUCUUGUCUUGCUAUGUAUCUCUACGUCAAUAGUCCCCACGGUUCAUUUGCCCCCGUACGAAUUAGAUCCCAGCAGCACGCUGCUUUCUCUGCUAUAAAUAAUGUUUUUUCAUAAUUGUAUUUAAGGUUAUUCUGCUUAUUUUUCAUCCUAUUUACGCUAGGCUGAUUUUACAAUGUACUUUUGUAAAUAUUUUUCGGGGAAUUAGUCUUAUAACGUACAAUGUUAUAAGAGCCGGAAAAAUUGCAUUCCUAUCCCUUGUACAUAGCGUUAAGUCGACUAAGAUCUUAUGCUGCAUAAUACUGCAGUAAUGAUUAAUUUAAAUUAAUUAUUGACCCACAACUGAUGAGCCUGGUUGUUGAUUAAAAGUAUAGAUGUACAGUGGCAUCUAUAGUAGAUGCACCGUGGGCAUCUUUAGUUCUGCUGAAAUUUUAUGCCAAAGCUAUUGUAUUAUAACCAUGAGUGGUAGCAAAGGAUUAAUAUUUUGAGUAUGGGAAAUUUCUUCUUAUAAUAAUUACAAAGUUGAAUAACUUUUGAAUAUUUUAAUAAAU